ACAAUUUUUUGUCAUGAUGUUCAACACAAAUUAAUGUCCACAGGCGGAAGACAUGUGUUGACAAUACCAAAGAACCACUUGUAUAUAUAAUCAGACUACACAUUACACUUCUCUUGUCCAAAAUCAACAAAUUUUCCAGCAAUUUCUUAGCAAAAGGUAUGUCGUCUUCGGAAAAUCCAGAGAUUGUCGAAAGGGUUUUCAAGGACAAAGACGAGGAGGAGAAAGAUGAGCAAAAGGGCAGUUUUAUUGAUAAAGUUAAGGGCUUCAUCCAGGAUAUUGGUGAGAAAAUCGAGGAAACAGUAGGUUUUGGAAAACCAACUGCAGAUGUCUCUGGAAUUCAUAUUCCUCAUAUCAAUCUUGAAAAGGCUGAAAUAGUUGUUGAUGUGCUUGUGAAGAACCCAAACCCCAUCCCAAUUCCUCUCAUUGACAUAAACUACUUAAUUGAGAGUGAUGGAAGGGAACUGCUUUCUGGAUUGAUCCCUGAUGCUGGAACGAUCCAUGCACAUGGUUCAGAGACCGUCAAAAUACCACUUAAUCUGGUUUAUGAUGACAUCAGAACUACAUACCACGAUAUAAAGCCGGGAAGCAUCAUUCCAUAUAAGAUCAAGGUUGACCUCAUAGUUGAUGUGCCUGUUUUUGGUAGGAUAACUAUUCCUCUUGAAAAAAAUGGAGAGAUUCCUAUACCUUACAAGCCUGAUAUUGAUGUUGAGAAAAUUCAUUUUGAGAGGUUCUCUUUCGAGGAAACUGUAGCAGUUCUUAAGUUAAAGCUGGAUAACAAGAACGACUUUGAUCUGGGGCUCAAUAGCCUUGAUUAUGAUCUUUGGCUCUCCGAUGUGAAUGUUGGUGGUGCAGAGCUUGAGAAAUCAGCUACACUUGCAAAAAAUGGAAUCACCUAUAUCGAUCUUCCAAUAACCUUCAGGCCCAAGGACUUCGGCUCUGCUCUAUGGGACAUGAUCAGAGGGAGAGGUACUGGCUAUUCCAUGAAAGGCAACAUUAAUGUGGACACACCCUUUGGAGCAAUGAAGUUGCCCAUUAGCAAGGAGGGGGGUACAACCAAUCUCAAGAAAAACAAAGAAGACGGGGGAGACGAUGAUGAAGAUGAGGAUUGAAGUUGGAGAUCGAUUUCGCAAGAGCGACGAUUUUUAUAGCGAAAAUGCCAUCUGCUGGUGGGGAUUUUUAGACAAAUAAAUACAAACUUUUACUUGGAUGUGAAAUAUGUCUACUUAGAUGUGUCUCUGCCUGUGUAACUUUUUGUGCUGAAUUGUUUGCUGUUAUUGCUGUGGUUGAUAUACUAUACUGCAACUAGCUAUUGCAAUUGUAAUGUUGUUGCAUUUCUUGUAUGUUCUAAUUCCUAUCUUAUGACUAAUGGUUUAUGUCUUAUGUAAUGUAUCAUACAAAUUGCCUCGUACGAUGGGUGUAUUUGUUCAACCUUA